AUGGAGAAUCUGGAUACUCGUUUCGACAUUCUUCUCCGGUUCAUGCCGAUGAUGGACCCUCAAAUUCUUCACAAGACUGGUCAUUUCACUCCGAUUCUACAGGAAUGUUUGGGAUUGCCAGGAUCGAAGGAGAUUCUUGCGUCUUUUGGGAUCGAUAAGCUCCUUGCAAUACGAGCCACGACAAGAAUUUCUAUUACAGGAAUCAACUGCCACACGAACAAAACGCAAGAUGAUCGCCAUGCUGAAAAACGGGAACGCGACCAAUUUGCGAAACUUCUCCUCGAUCUUCGACCUCCUUCUCCGAAGCUCGCUGAAGUGCUGCUCCAGCUACGCUACUUUCAGCAAGAGCUUUUCAAUGGCUACUUGAUCAAGCAGAUUCCAGACUCGUACAUACAGGGGAGUCUGCCGCCGAUGUUCACUCAACUGCAGUCUCUUAGUUCAACGAAAGAAGGAAGAGACGCGAUGCGUUCUGCUGGCUUUGGGCCACUUUUAGCUGAUAUUGGAACUCUCGGAUGUCUUCUAUUUCUCAUCGCUCCUGGCGCCACUUGCUCAGCUUAUUCCUUUUCCAAGCAGCUUUUUAUAUCCUCGCUCACAAUCCUCACGAAUCUAAUGGUCGGCUGCUCCGAUACGAAAACCUACGUCUCGUCUUCUAGUGCUCUCUUAUCGCAUCUGGCUGAUGUCAUUUCUCAGAAAAUCAAACCCGUUGAGCCAGAGCAUCAACUUCUCGUUCUAAUUUCGACUUUUGUUAAGAAUACGCACUUUUCUGGAGCUCCUGGUCUUCCUCUCUCCCUCGCCCAUGCUUUGAAGGAAGCAAGAAGGUCAACUGGAAGAAGAAACGUCAAAGAAGCGCUCUCUUUUGCUCUAUGGACUGCCUCUGCUUCAGCUACAGUUGCAUCAUCUCUUUCAAGCGAUAUUGGCUUUCUUCAGAGCAUCGUUGCUUCUCUGGACGCACCAUCGAACGAUUCAGAAGGACUCACGGGUAUUCUUGCCAACUGCGUCCCCCAAAGACACGUCGAUCCAGGAAUUCUAGAGCCUUGUGUUCAAACGCUCCUCAAACUAACAAAGGGUUCCGAUACGACAGUCAGGCACUGUCUAAGAAUCUUCAAGAUUCUAGUAACAUCUGAGCGUGGCGCAGAAAUUUUGAUAAAAGACAGAAGAGACCUCUAUUUGCGACAACUCUUGAACCAUUCGAAUCAGCAGAUUGUGGCAGAAGCAAGCGAUGUGUACCACAAGCUUGAGUCAAAGAAAGCUCCAAACGAUGUUGGCUUCCAGUGGAAAAUGGCAAAUCCGCCAAAUAGCAUGCAGCACGCGCCGUACGCUCCGCAAACGAUGAAAGCGCACCAUCAGCAGCACAUCCAUCCAACGAAUGCGCCAAAUUAUUACUCUGAUGAUCACGAUCGACCUUAUGAUUUUACGCAACAAAGCAACCAAAAGCAAAAUCCCUUCCCUUCUUAUCAGCCAAUCUACACCGAUCUGCCUAAAAAUCCGUUGUAUCCCCGCCCAACCGAAUCUGAUAAAGCGGACUCGCCUUUCGACUACACUAAAAUCAAUCAAGACCAGCCGAAAGUUUACAACGUUGAAAAUACGCCAAAUCACGGGGCAAGUAUUUCUCCAAAAUUACGACGUUCACCGACACUAGAAUCGCAUGCAACGCCGAAGGAUGAUAAGAAAAUGUCUGGGAAAAGUUCAACUACACAAUCUGGAAUGGUGUCUGGCUACACUUCCGGGAUGGCUUCAGGUCUGCAAUCUGGAGCAAGAACGCCAGCGUAUUGUCAAGACACUCCGCUCAUGUUCUCUCGACAUUCUCCAGCUUCAGCAAGUUCAAUUGAAUCAGUUGAAAUGCCAGCGAACGCAUCUGAUUCUGAGCCGGGCUCAAGAUUAGCGUCUGGCCAAGUUAGUCCUUCUGAUAUUCCAGACUCUCCUGGCCAGCACAUCGAGAGGAUCAACCUUGAACGCGAACAAGCAGCACGGGCCGAGUCCGCGAACUCUCAAAACCCACCACCAUCGUUUGGCAAGCCUCUUUACCCUCCGACAAUAUCAAAGCCUCCAUUGUAUGCAAAUCCAGCACCGAUGCCCCUAUCUCAAAACACUUUCCCUUCACACUCGCAGGCUCCAAAGACGAAUACAUUCCCCGCACCAACUUCACAACCCAUGUUUCCCAAUUCUGCGCAGCCGCAAUCAAGUCAGCCCAUUCCAUUCGCCGUUUCGCAACCUUCACAGCAGCCAUUUUACAACACGAAUAUGUCUUAUCCGCAACAAAACAUGUCUUAUCAACCGUUUCCUUUUCCAACCGCAAAUUUUGGAAGCGCUGAUAUGGAUGACGGCCCUGUAGCAUUCAAUGACGAAGGAUCAAUGUCUCCGCGCUCAAAACUGUCUGAUUUGACAAUUGAUUCCAAAUCGGAAAUCAGCAAGGGCUCCGCCAAAUCUAAAGAGCAGCCUCUACGGGAGCACGAUGAAACUCUAGAUGGAGAAAAAGCUUCUGGGAUCAUCACGACAAUACAGUCAUUGAUCGAGAAGAAGGUUCUGGCGACGAAGAAUAUGAAGAAGAUAGUUUUAUGA